AUGUUCAGAAGGAGCCAGUCACAAGUCCCCGAGAGGGUUAGGGACUACCAUCUAGGGUUGAGCAGUGGUCCACGGCAGCAAAGGAUUGAUACCGGCCCAUGGACUGUCAAGGGGAGGACAUCAAGAGAGCUUCUAGGGAGGGCAUGGGCGAAGGCGUGCCAUACUGUCGGUAUUCCCGGCCGGAAAGUCGAUGACCCAUACUUUAAAGCUGCGAUCGUGGAGACCCAGAAACAAGGUGUUGGAAUCAAAAUACCAUCAGGGAGGGAGAUAGAUGGAAAAUAUUUGGAUGAGAAUGUGAAGGAGAUAGAGAAAGAGAUAGAGAAGUGGAAGAACGAGUGGGAUGAAUGUGGAGUCACGAUCAUGUGUGAUUCGUGGACGGGGCCUAUGCGUAACUCGGUCAUUAAUUUCUUGGUGUAUAGCGGUGGCACCAUGUAUUUCUUGAAGUCCAUCAAUGCGUCCGACAAAAUACAGGACCAUCAAUACUUGUUGAAGGAGAUACGAGUAGUGGUCAUGAAAGUGGAGCCUCACAAUGUGAUUCAGCUUGUCACGGAUAAUGGUUCGAACUACAAAAAAGCCUGCAAAAUUAUAUGUCAUGAGUUCCCUACCAUUGCAUGGCAGCCUUGCCUUGCCCAUACCAUCAACCUUAUGCUGAAGGACAUAGGGAAGUGGCCGGAGCAUGAUGCUUGUAUUCGAAGCGCGCAACGAAUUUGCAGCUGGCUCUACAACUCCAACAGUUUACACAGCAUGAUGAGGGAAGCCAUCGGAGGAGAGUUGGUCAAGUGGAAUGUAACAAGAUUUGGGACCAACUACAUGUUCCUUGAAAGCAUGUAUAGGAAGAAGGACCAGUUCAUGACAUGGUUAGUGUCACCUGAGUUCCGACGGUCCCGCCACUUCAAAAGUGAAACUGGAAGGUACAUUUACGAAUGCAUCACAAGUCUUCAAUGGUGGGCGAAUAUGGAGUAUGUGAUCAAUGAUGUUGAGCCUCUGUACAUGUUUUUGAGAUUUGCUGACACAGACAAGACACCUAAUUUGAGUGAGGUGACAAUGGAGUAUCAAAACAUGAGGCAAACAUAUGCCAGCAAGUUCAGCAAUGACUACCCCCGGUUUGAAAAGAUCAUGGCAGUAAUGCGCAACGGUCUGGAGAAAAUGUUGAAUACUAAUUCAGCAGCAAUUGCAUUGCAGGAAUUUGAAAUAUUCAGGACGAAGCAAGGUGAGUUCUCUAGUGACAUUGCUAGGCGAAUGGCCAUUGACCGGAAAACUUCACCAGCUGCUUGGUGGGCAACAUUUGGGGGAGAUACACCAGUGUUGCAAAGGGUCGCUCGACGCUUGUUGUCGCAGUGUGCAGCCUCUAGUGGAUGUGAAAGGAACUGGAGCACCUUUGCUUACAUCCACACCAAACUGCGCAAUAGGUUGAGCCACCAGAAAUUGGAUAAAUUGGUCUUUGUGAACUACAACCUCCGCUUGCGUCUGCAACGUGCUACUAGAGGGGCCGAUCCAUAUGACUAUGAUCCAGUUAGCAGUUUCAUGGAUCUUUCUUUGUACCGGCAGUCAUCAGCAAUUCAAAAUUGGAUGAAGCUUUCAAGGUCCAAUGGAGACCCAGCAUUUGAUGAAGACUCAGACUUCACUGACACUCCAUUGCCGAGCCAGAUGUUCACUGACAUAGGCUCUUCUCAUGGUCACGAUGAAGAUGUGGAGACAUGGGCCGAAGAAACAAUUGGGGACACACAUCUGGGAAAAAGGAAGACUAAGAUUGGUCCCGAAAUGAGAAAAGGGAAGAAACCACGCACUGAGGAGGAGUUAGGUAGUGACGAUACCACACCUGAGCCUAGUGGUGGUGAGGACAUUGGUGAUGAUGAUGAUGAUGAUGAUGAUGAUGAUGAUGAUGAUGAUGAUGAUGAUGGUGAUGGUGAUGGUGAUGGUGAUGGUGAUGGUGAUGGUGAUGAUGAUGGUGAUGAUGAUGAUGAUGGUGAUGGCGAAAGUGGUGGUUAUCGUAUAUCUCCUACUAUAAGGUUCACUGGGGAGGAGGACUUCACCCAUGCAACACAAGAUACAGAUCAUGGAGCACCUACUUCACAACGACAAACAACAUCGACAAGUCGACAUGGUCGACAGGCCCCACUUGCAUAUGAUGAAGAUAGCUCCAACUCUGCCUCCAGUGGUCAGUACUACAACCCUUACAGUACUUCUCCCCCUGCAGGGGGCUUUCUGUGGCCACCACCAGGGGUGGUGAACCCGCCACUUCCGCAGGCAGUUGCAGCAUUGCCUUAUUUGGAUUAUCACGGCUACCUACCAUAUGGAGCUCCACAGUUGCAACAUCACCCACCUACGUACGUGUAUUUGCCACCAACAGACGAGCCGUAUGAGGGACCACCGGGAGAGAGAUUUGAGGACUGAAGAAUGCAGAGAAUAUGCUACAUGGAUUAUUCUGGACUAUGCCUUUGCCUCUUUUGUAUCUUUGGAUUGUAAUAAUUCUAAUGGACUUUGGAUGUAUUGCGUUCUAUGUGUGGACUUUGGACAUGAGUUAUGUGUAAUAAUUGUAAUGGACUUUGGAU